AUGGUGAUAUCAAACCGGAAAACAUAUUGCUCAAAGAUCAAAGAUAUUUGCAAAGUACCAAUUUUCCUCUUGAAAUCGUGCUAUGGAGAAUGUGAACCAGCUACUAAUUGGUACCAAACUAUGAGACUUGCGUUAACGGAAAAAAUUGAUGUCUGGGCAUUAGGAUGCACAAUAUUUGAAAUUUAUCGAGGAUGGCCGUUGUUUCAGCAUAACGGUCUGGAAGAGCACCUUGUGAUACUACAAUGGUUGUUUCAACGCAGCAUUCCAUCUACAAUGCUCUUCGAAUAUUAUCGCCGAAAUGUGAAACCAGUUGAUUCGGAUGAGUUAGACCCACCACCAGAGAAACGAGCAAAGAUGGGUACGCCCGAUUAUGACGCAAUCUACACGACCAAUUGUGACCUACCAAUUCCUCAACAAGCAAUGAUCGAUGGCCUUAAAGCAAUUCAUUAUGGACCGGAGAUCGACCUCAUUCGUUACUUGGGAAUACCGCGAUCAGAUGAAGAAGAAAUAGUACACAAGCUUAUCAUCGAAACACUCAAGAUUUUACCGGUAUGUCGUCCAUCACUACGAGAGCUUCUACGUGAUUUUUUUAAUUCCGUU